GUCCCGCGUUAGUUCACUGCUGGUGUUCGUGCUUCGAGGUCGUGAUCGUGAUGAUUUGCACGAGUUGAUUGGCAGCUCGCGCACUCAAAUUAAACAACAAAUAUAACAUAAUUACAAGUAACUGCAGUUUUCGCGUCUCUUCCAAGAUUGAUUUGCAGCAUUGACAAGACACAAUUGAAGAACCGACGGACGGUGGUUAACCGACAUUGAGGUUAGAGUAAAUUGAAGUUUGUCACGUAAGCCGGCGUGAGUGUCGCUCGAUGUGUAUCCAUUUGUUAUGAACGUAUUGUGCGUGUCAUGAAUUCAAAAUUAAUAACGCGCGACUAUUCUCUGUGACUGCCUUCACGUUUCGCUAUCGCUAUCGUUAUCGUUUCGCGCGGCGGAGUCUCAGAUUUCCUGAAGAUUUCUUCUUUGCGAGAGCAAGUGAUUAUUUGGCGUCGCAUAAAUUCAACGAACAAAUUUAUACACUCUUUUUGAUAGGGCUGAUAAGGCUGAAAGAAGAAAAUACUUUGCAGUCACAAGAACGACGAGUAUCGAUCGGACAUGAGGAGGGCGACUUAUUUGAUCGUCGUAACGAUCUUGCUGUCAGUGACGGCGCGCAAUGCCCUCGCAGAACUUUACACCGCUUUAGCGGAUAUGGAGGAGCUGCUCGAAACGGAAGCUGUGCUGAUUGACACUCUAAACGGGUUCAUCACGGCGCAAGAGCAACGAUUGGCGACUCUAAGAAGAAACGUAGAGGAUUACGCGAGGGAACACGAAGAGGCAUCCAGGAAUAUCCAGCAAUAUUUAUCGAAUCCCAUAAACGCUUAUCUGCUGGUCAAACGGUUGACCACUGACUGGAAAAAGGUCGAGGAACUGAUAACCGAAGACGUAGGCAAGUCCUUCGUAGCAAACAUCACGAAUUCCAGGAGCGAUCUAAAAUUCCCGACCGACGAAGACCUCAAUGGUGCUGCAGUCGCUUUGAUAAGGCUACAGGACACAUAUAAGCUCGAAACUGCGCAAGUUGCGAGAGGCGUUCUAAACGGGGUGCAAUACAGUACCGGUUUGACUGCAAGCGAUUGCUUCGAGCUGGGUCGACAAUCUUAUCACAACCGCGAUUACUAUCACACGGUGUUAUGGAUGCAGGAGGCUAUGGAUCGUCUGCAGGAGGAGCAAAACGCCACCACCACUUCCAAGCCCGACAUCUUGGAGUAUCUGGCAUUUUCAACAUACAUGCAAGGUAAUGUCGCCCGCGCUUUGAGUAUGACAAACGAGCUGUUGGAAUUGGUCCCGACUCACGAGAGAGCAUUGGGAAACCGCGCAUAUUAUCAAAAAGAGAUUCAAAGCAAGGCCAGCCAAUCGAAGAAGAAACGAGGUGAGGAUGGACAGGACGACACCGCGAUACCUGAACAGAACUUCACUGUCGCCGAGGAAAGGGUGAAAACAUGGGAGGAAAUGACGGAGAGGGAGAGGUACGAAAUGCUUUGUCGCGGCGAAGUAUCUAUUCCACUAGAAGUGGAGAAGAAUCUCAAGUGUCGUUACGUCGACCGUGGAAUUCCAUUUCUAAAAAUUGCGCCGUUUAAGGAGGAAGAAGCGUAUCUAGAUCCAAGGAUAGUUGUUUAUCACAACGUAAUCUACGAUGAAGAAAUCGAGACGAUCAAACGAAUGGCUCAACCUAGGUUUAAACGCGCCACGGUGCAAAAUUACAAGACUGGUGCCUUAGAGAUAGCGAAUUACAGAAUCAGCAAAAGUGCAUGGCUUCAAGAACACGAGCACAAGCACGUAGCGGCAGUAAGCAAACGCGUUGAACAUAUGACGAGUAUGUCUAUCGAGACCGCCGAAGAGCUUCAAGUUGUUAAUUACGGUAUCGGUGGUCACUACGAGCCGCAUUUUGAUUUUGCCAGGAAAGAAGAGACAAAUGCGUUCAAGAGUCUUGGGACAGGCAAUAGAAUCGCAACGGUUUUAUAUUAUAUGAGCGAUGUCGAACAAGGAGGGGGUACUGUAUUCACUGCCAUUAAUAUAUCGCUUUGGCCGAGGAAAGGUAGCGCGGCAUUUUGGUACAAUCUUAAGCCUAAUGGUGAGGGAGAUUUCAAAACCAGACACGCUGCUUGUCCAGUACUUACGGGAUCUAAAUGGGUGGCAAACAAAUGGCUGCAUGAAAGAGGUCAGGAAUUUCAUAGACCUUGCACACUGGAAAAUCAAGCGACGGAUGAAGUAGAUGUUAGGCACUGAAGAAAAGGAAUGUCCUUUGAUUUAUAACAGAAAAUACGUAAAACAAGCGCGCGUAUUAAAAAAUACUUCCAAAUUUCUGCUCUGAGAUUUUACUCUUUAAACAGUUACACUCCGUAAGAAAGCAAGUUAUAUACGAACCGUCAUUUAAGAACAAACAAGAUGUGCAAAAACUGUCAGCGCAAUUUCACAUAGGGAAUCGCUGCUCAUGUUUUUAUGAGAACAUCAGUAGCACAAUUUGCGUAAUUUAAUGUUUAUACAUCGCAGACGAUGAUCUUUCCUGCUAGUUUAUUGUGGAACACGAUUCCUCGCAUGACGACAGCGAUUAAUGUUUCCUUAAUCUUUGAAAUAUCUAGCUGAAAAAAAAAUUGUGAAAAGCAACGAAGAUUCUAUCCAAACAGGAUUAAUUGCAAUCGUUUUGUUAUUUGUGCGCUUUUCUCUUGGAAACAGUCCGUACGAUACGAGCAUACGAUACGACGUUAAGCAGAAUUGAUAUGCAAAGCGCGUAUCGCAAACAAAAUUUUACUUUUUAUUAUUUUACGGACGCGUUUUGUUUUUUAGUUUAAUUCAAUAUCGUUUGCUUGCGUCAUCUUGAAGUUCGCUUUUACGGCGCAAAUGUCUUACAUUGUAUGUGAAGCUUCUGUUUUGGGGCGCCGCGGCGAGCGGAGAAUGAAAAAAAAACGAACUUCAACAACUUUUGCUAAACAAAGUAAACGAGAGUAAAAAAAAGCGUGCGGAUGGUUUACUACAUCCACAGUUUUCGCCAUUUUAAACAAACUUUUCACGGUGAGAUUAUCGGGAUUCGCUCCGUUGUGUUGUCUGCUACGCGUAACAUUAAUUAUUUCUACAAGAAGAUAUUCUACACUAACAUAUUACUACACGUCAUAGCCAAAGCAAUAAUAAAUUGCGUAUGUUCUGGCCAGUCUCCCCUUAUUAUAGAUAUAGCGUGAUAUAGAACAGCGAAGAGCGCAAUGUAAUCAUUAGCUCGUAGAUUAAUUGUAAUUUGAACAUGAUUAAUGCGACCCUUACAGUCACGUCUCAGUAAUAUUGAUCUUAUCGUGCAAUAAUAAAAUACUUCCGCCGGGAGGAUACUCCGACCAAGAAUCUCCUUUCGUGACGGAUCGUCGGCUGUAAAUAACGAUGGCAUAUAAUCCCGUAUCAUCUGAUUUUUUUGAUCGAACUAGAUAUGUAUACGAAUCAUUUGUAUAAAAAAGGGAAAACAAUGCCUACGACGAUAACGCCGCGCUUCCUAAUGGCGGUGAUGUAGUUAUAUAAGAGUAUAUGACAUAUGCUGUAUUUACAAGGGACUACUCUCUGUUAGUAGUGAUAUUCUGAGAAAAAAAAAAAAUAUGGCCUGAUAUACAUCCUGGGAGAGAUAAUAUAUAUAUAUGCUAUUGGAGAUUUCCCUGAACCUUAUACGUAUGUGCAAGAGAAAGUGAAGAAGCGAAUUUAUUUGAAAAGUAAUAUGGAAAAUCAUAUAAAAAUGCCAAAUUUAAAUUUAUUCUUUUUUUAGACAUAUAUACUAAAAAAUAUUACAAUGAACAUUUACAAUAUUUAUAUAUAUAAAUAAUAUAAUAAAUUUUAUUUAUUUCUUACAAUUGAUAUUUAUGUGUCACAUUGCGUAAUUGAAGUAUAAUAUAUAACAUUUUAUAUAUGUUUUUAUAAAAAAAUUUUCAGACUUUUAUAUUUCAAUAGCGUCACAAACUGCGCUUGACAUUGCGAGAUAAUUCGUAUGUUGAAAGUUUGGGAAUCAUUACUCUAUUGGAUAUAGACAUAUGGAUGGUUUGAAUAUCUCAAGAGAGAGUCGACUGUUAAUAUUUAGCACUAGCAUACUGCACAGCAAAUAUAAGAAGCAUUGUUUCUGAAUUGGAAGAUCAGUGACAAAUGUGCACAAAGACUGGUUAUGUAUCAAUGAAUUAGCACAAUAUAUUACCAUGUAUACAUGCAUUACUUCAAAAUUGUUUUGUCUAGCACAAUAAUUUAUCACAUUGUUUAUUGAAAAUUUUAUUGUGAUGAUAGUUCUAUAUUAAAAUCACUUUUGUAAUUCUAAGUUUUCAAAUUGUAUAAUAUUUCAAAAAUUAAGUUUUAUGUUAAAAAAACAUAUGUGCAUUCUUUUUCUCAAUUUUCCAAAAAUUAUUUUUAUAAAAUUAUACCUUUGUUAAAACAACGAAUGAAUGAUUCAUUUGAUUUUAUAUUCAAAUAUAUUUACUGCAGUCUAGUAUUGAUUAAUCUA